AUGGAUCUGCUCGCCGUCCAACUCCUGUGCCUGGAGCAGAUGGACCGUUUGCUGGAGGACCAUACAAGGGACUUUCUAGAUCUGGCCCCUGAAUCUCCUGCGUCUCCGCUGUCUCCGUCCAGCUCAUGUCCUCCUGUGUUCCUUCCCAGCCUCCCUCUCCCGCCUCCUCUCAAACCAGCUAAUUACUCGCCUCCAUCUCCGCUGAUGCCUGUCAGUCCCUCGGCUCACCCUCAGUCAGUGCCUGCCAUGUGCUCUGUUCCUCCGCCUCGGAACUUCCAGUCUCCAGCUCCGCCCAGACAUGCGGAUCCCCUGUCUCCACUUCCAGCCUCCAAGCCUUGGACUACACUUCGGUCCUCCGACCCAUCGGCUCCACCUCGGCUCCUAGCUCCCUCGUCUCCACCAUGGCCCGUCAUCCCACUGGCUCCACCGGGCUCCCUCCAGCUCCGCCUUGGCUCCUCCUUUCCUCCAGCUCUACCUUCAUCCUCAGUCGCACCGGCUCCACCGCGAUCUUCCGGAUCCCUGCCUCCACCUCAGUCGCUUGAGCCUUCAGCUCUGCCUUGGCCCUGCGGAUCCUCAGUUUCGCUCCGGCUCUCCAUCUGCUCAGUUCCACCUGGGUCUCCAUCUCCAGCAGCUCAGUCUCCAUCAGUCAGUCCCCUGGUGUCAUCGGUCCCUGCUCCACCAUGGCUCAUCCCGCCAUCAACUCCACCGUGGGCCACCAUCCUGGCUGGUCUCUGGAUUGCCACCUGGCUCCUCCUGCUCCGGGCUCCUCCCUGGCUCCUUCCUCCAUCUACUUCACCCUGGCCCUAUGAACUGUGCCCCUUUCCCAUUGCCUGCCCUUCACGUCCCUGCUCCACGCCCACCUCCAAAACCCCCACCCUCCCUCCUCUGUUGGACUGCUUUUGUCGUCGUGGGGACGCGCCAUUCCGGGAGGGGGCGAUAUGUCACAUGUUGACCUAG